AUGGACAACCGGGUAGCAGAAAAUGUCCUCGGUACUCUAGGCGCAGUCUGCUGGUCCAUCCAACUACUUCCCCAAAUAAUCAUAAACUACAGGAGACAUGACACCGAAGGGCUACAAGGGUCAAUGAUGCUCCUCUGGGCCGUUGCAGGAGUUCCUCUCGGAGUGUACAAUAUCGUCGAAGAAUUCAACAUUGCAUUAAGGAUCCAACCUCAGAUCCUGACGACUCUCAGCCUCCUUACCUGGGCCCAGUGUCUCUACUAUGGAAAGAAAUACCGAAUCGUGAAAUGUUGCGUCGCUGUCACCUCGCUUCUCCUGCUCUUAGGUGGGAUUGAAGCCGGACUAAUUUUUGGCUUGAGGGCUGCUAAAAACCGCGGACUGGAAUGGCCUCUUAUUCUGAUGGCUGUUUUGAGUGCAUCUCUCCUUGCUGCGGGUGUAUUGAGACACUACUGGGACAUCUAUGUCCACCGGACUGUUCGGGGAAUCAGUUUCAUCUUUGUUGGGAUUGAUGCGGCUGGGGAUUUAUUUUCUCUUGUGUCUGUUUUGUUUGGACCCCCGAUUGACGUCCUCGGGAUCGUAAUCUACGGGACGGAACUGACACUUUGGAUCGGCAUAUUUAUCUGUGGUGCGGUGUAUAAUCUCCGGCCUUGGAUUAAAGAACACUGCAGGCAGGAUAUUAAUGUCGCAGACCCGCUGUCGCUGCAUCCAAUGCCCUCGUCGACUUCUGUGUUCAGAACCGCUUCUGGAUCUCGAGUUAUGGAAAGGAGGCCAUGGCACAAUUCUUCAUGA